AUGAUCGUCCAUCUCAUUAUGCUUCUGCUCAUGACGGUUUCAGAGCAUUUUGUUACUGCAAAUACACAUUCAGUACUGGAACGAUAUGAAGAACGACUGAAUUCCGCGUUAUCCAGAAGGACUGGUGUCCCAAGAACUGUUAAAAGAUACAAAUGUGUUGAAGAAUACGUGACUUAUGAUCAAAAUGGUCGUGCAGUCACAUCUUAUCAGGGUAAUAAGUUCACAACAACUAUGGAACCACCGACAUAUCGAUCUUCAGGAGACAGAGAGAUUCGUCGGAAGCCAUCAAAGAAGGUAACAAUCGCGAUUCAUCGGAAUUCGGAAGAAACGACAACUCCGGUGACUGUGACCUCGACGCAGAAAGAAGAAACUACAACAAAACCAUUUGAUGAAAUGAAUGAUGAAGAAGCUGAUAGACUUAUUGAGGAAAUGUAUCUUAAGAAGAAGGAGAGUCAUGCAACUGAAUCACCGGAAGACUCCUUGAAAGUACCGGUCGAGGUCAUCGAAUCACGCAAACCUCUAUCUCCACCUUCAUCUUCUGCAAAUGUGUCAAAACAACGGUCCUAUACAACGUCAUCAUCCUCUUCGUCAAACUCAGCAAUUGAACGAUACAACAAUCAGCAGAAUAAAAUAGGAAAUCAAGAUAAUGAAGAAGAUUAUCCAAAUUCAAUGUAUCACAGAGGAUCACGGAAGAGGCCAUAUGAUAUGUCUACUUAUGAUGAUUAUGACGAUAUUCCAUUAUACAGACCAAUGAGAAGAGAAUACCGAAUGCGUCGCAGACGUCCGAUACUCUUUUCUGAUGACUUCUCGGAUGAAGCUGGUUUCGAUCAACAAAUCGGAAACUCUGAUCGUCAUCAAACAACACGAGAUCUUUCUCCAUUAAGAUCAAUGAAACGUCUUCGCCAUCAAAUUCCAUAUAAUCAACCAUACCGAGUACCUGGACCAAUGACUCUUCCAGUCUCUUCGACAACUAAUAUGCUUCAUCGUCCAGUUCCAUUGCCCGGUGCCCCACAACCAAUGAGAAUCCCGCUUCCUCCGGGUGCUCCGAUGCCAAUGCCAUUGGCUCCACCAGGAAUGGCUUUACCACCUUCCCAACCAAUACAACCUGUUCAACAACAAGUGGGUCAUGAUAUUCUUAAGUUGAAGCCAAUUCUACAAUCGAAUCCUCAAGAAAUGCAGGAAGCUACCGCAGAGAGUUGUGCAAAAAUAACAAAACUGGCCAAGAGUUUUAGUAUCAAAGAUGUCUCGAAAUGGGCGAGAGGCAACUGUCCCUUCCUGCAGAUGUAUGCUCCAAACGCCAGCUGUGAACUCAUAUUCCAUUUUAUUGAUUCUUGUAAAAGCAAGAAAUUCUUCUAAACUAUGACUUAAUUUUUCUCAAAAUGUUCUCUGUUUUCUUUGCUCUUUUAGUUUUGUGCUCAUCCUACAUUUAAAGACAUUUCCAACCCAUACGGGAUCAUCUCAUUUUAUUUAUUUCCACAAUUGACACUUUUGUCGUCAGAUUUCUAAUUUAUUGUUUCAGGUUCCUCUCCUUUCCACCAAAAAUGUAUUAUUAAUAUUAUUUUAAUAAUUUAUUCGCAUUCAUAAUCAUUUCAUCAAAUUAUUUAAUUACAUUACAAAGUUCUCAAAACAGAAGAUUCUAAUAAAUAAUUGAAUUAAA